AUGUCUAAGGUAGCCAAGUAUCGCCGGCAGGUGAGUGAAGACCCCGACAUCGACAGCCUGCUGUCCACCCUGUCUCCCGAGGAGAUGGAGGAGCUGGAGAAGGAGCUGGACGUGGCGGACCCGGACGGGAGCACCCCCGUGGGGCUGCGGCAGAGAAACCAGACGGAGAAGCGGUCCACGGGCAUGUACAACCGGGAGGCCAUGCUCAGCUUCUGUGAAAAGGAGACCAAGAAACUUAUUCAGAGGGAGAUGUCCGUGGAUGAAAACAAGCAAGUGGAGCCCAAGACAGAUGCCAAGAAUGGAGAGGAAAGGGGCAGAGAUGCCAGCAAAAAAACCCUGGGCCCCAGACAGGACUCAGACCUGGGGAAGGAGCCAAAGAGGGGUGGUUUAAAGAAAAGCUUCUCAAGAGACAAAGAUGAAGCCGAUGGCAAAAGUGGAGAGAAGCCCAAGGAGGAGAAGCUUAUCAGGGGUAUUGACAAGGGUCGGGUCAGGGCUGCGGUGGACAGAAAGGAGGCAGGGAAGGAGGGGAGGGGAGAGGAGAGGGCAGCAGCCCCAAGGAGGGAAGAAGAGAAGAAAGGCAGUGACAGGAGCACGGGGCCAAGCAGAGACAAAGACAAGAAGAAAGAGGAGAAGGAGAUGAGUAAGAGAGAGGAUGACGGGAAGGGAAAAGGGGAGAGGAGGACCGUGGAUGCCAGGAAGGAGGAUGAGAAGGUGAAAAGAGGAAGCGGGAACACGGAUGCAAAAAGGGAGAAUGAAAAAGUGAAAAAAGAGGAGUCCGUAAAUAAAAAGGAGCCCAAAGAAGAGAACAAGACCCAAGCCCUGGAGAAACAGGCCCCCGCUAGCCCCACCAAGCCCUCGGAAGGGCCUGCCAAGGCGGAGGAGGAAGCGGCCCCCAGCAUAUUUGAUGAGCCUCUGGAGAGAGUGAAGAACAAUGACCCAGAGAUGACCGAGGUGAACGUCAACAACUCAGACUGUAUCACGAAUGAGAUCUUAGUCCGGUUCACCGAGGCUCUGGAGUUCAACACUGUGGUCAAGGUGUUUGCCCUGGCCAACACGCGCGCCGAUGACCACGUGGCCUUCGCCAUCGCCAUCAUGCUCAAGGCCAACAAGACCAUCACCAGUCUGAACCUGGACUCUAACCACAUCACGGGCAAAGGCAUCCUGGCCAUCUUCCGGGCCCUCCUCCAGAACAACACGCUGACCGAGCUCCGCUUCCACAACCAGAGGCACAUCUGCGGCGGCAAGACGGAGAUGGAGAUCGCCAAGCUGCUCAAGGAGAACACCACCCUGCUCAAGCUGGGCUACCAUUUCGAGCUGGCUGGGCCCCGCAUGACGGUCACCAACCUGCUCAGCCGCAACAUGGACAAACAGCGACAAAAGCGGCUCCAGGAGCAACGGCAGGCGCAGGAGGCCAGCGGGGAGAAGAAGGAUCUGCUGGAGGUGCCCAAGUCAGGGGCGCUGGCCAAGGGCUCCCCCAAACCCUCCCCCCAGCCAUCUCCAAAGGCCUCGCCCAAGAACUCGCCCAAGAAAGGGGGCGCUCCAGCCGCUCCACCUCCGCCUCCACCUCCCUUGGCCCCACCCCUCAUCAUGGAGAACCUGAAGAACUCCUUGUCACCAGCUACCCAGAGGAAGAUGGGAGACAAAGUCCUCCCCGCCCAGGAGAAGAACUCCCGCGACCAGCUACUGGCUGCUAUUCGCUCCAGCAACCUCAAGCAGCUCAAGAAGUUAAGUGGAGGUGCCCAAACUGCUUCAAACCUAAUGCGGGAGCGCAGCGCCACCUGCCGGCAGGCCGCGUCCCGGUUCUCCCUCGGCGCCAGGGGCGCGCCGGAGCUGCGCUGGAGGGCAGGGAAGGCAACGGAGGGCGUCUUCGCAUCGGGCUCUCAGCCCCCUGGGCCCGCCCACACCCACUGUCGCACCUUCUUCCCACCUUCCGGCCCCGCCCCCGCAGGCCUCGGACCCGGGCCCUGGCGCCGGCCGCUGGCGGUGGGCGGGAUGGCGGGGGCUGGGGCCGCUGAGAUACCCCACUCUCUGUCGCAGGAGCUCCACAGGCGUGUGAGCGAGGGGCUCCAGUCCCAGGCGCUGGUGCCUGCCUGGUUUCCAGGGGUGCUGGCUGCUGAACAAGGUGAUAGGAGGGACAGCUACAGCUCUGUGCUCCUGCUGGCCCCAUGUCCCUGGGAAUGA